AGAAGAAUUAUCAACAGCGAAGAGUGACGGCGGACUGUCUCCUCGAGGCUACAUGUCCACUUAAUAGAUGGCGUAUUUGCUUCCCGCCUCCCGCUCAAGCUCUACGCCGGGAAAAGCAUUGUCACUGUUGUCAUCUACGUCAUGAGUGAGGUUUGAAGUGCUAAUGGUGAAAACGCGAUAUGAUGGAGAUAUGCUGUUUAUGGUGAAAUGUUGGUGUAGAGUCAUUGUAUAUUCCCGUUCACGACUGAAACGAACAUUUUUCCUCAAAAUGCUCAACGGGUGACGCAAGCAAAUGUGUGUUUCGCGUGAGAUAUCCAAUAACAAAGGAGUGCAAUUUCGACAAGUGAGGAAAAAACACGACAAUAUAACCUAGAAAAGUAGAUGACAAACUGUAACUUCUGACUGCACUACUGAUGAAAACGCAUAUAUCAUAAAUACACGACACUAUAAAUCUGCCAUAUUUCCGUGGACAUUUUCUCGGUCAGGAAAUUUAUUAGACAUAAGAAUCAGAACUGAAUAAGACCACGAAGAAAGAAUCCCCGUUGCAGUCAUUGCAGAAUCAUCGUGUUCUUCUGAGAGGAAAUUUAUUACGAGCUUCGAGAUGGAGGCCAAAGAAAGGGCGUACUCGAUGGGGUCGACCGCCAGCCAAGGCCAGACCCCGAGCCUCGUCAGCGCCCCCUCCAGGCGGAUGUCGGGGUCGUCCUCCUUGACGUCCAGGUCCAGGAAGAUCUCCAGAAUUGAGAUGGUGAACAUGCCAGGGGGGGCGAUGCUGCUGGAGGUGGAGGAGCGGGACGACGACGCCGUGUCCAUUCUGAGCCGAAGGGACAGCCUCUCCGGAGCCCUCACGGUCGGGGGCGUCACUGCCUUGCCCGACACCGCCUACUUCGAUAAGAAAAUUAAGAUCGAGAUGGCUCACCACAGUCCAGCCGUCGGGAGCAAUCCAGGAGCAGACUCUGGCGACGAAGGCGAAGAAGACACGGCCACAGACGCCGUGAACGAGGAGAGCAAGAAAGACAAAGACCCCUUACUGAGCUACGGUCUCUCCAACGUCCUCAACCACCUGUGUCUUGCCCUGGCCUCUCCUGCCUUCUUCAGGUUGCCGGCCCUCGCCUACAAAUGGAGCAGCAAAACUGGCUCUGGUUUUUUCUUAGUGUACUGUAUCAUGCUCUUUGUGGUGGCUCUGCCGAUCAGCGUCCUCGAGCAGACGAUGGCUCAGUUCUCGUCUCUGGGCACCGUGACCAUCUUCAGGUGUCUUCCUCUCCUCACUGGUGUGGGCGUUGGCAUGAUGGCGGCCUGCAGCGUCCUCAUGGUUUACACAAGCACUGUCUUCACCUGGAGCACGCUCUAUCUCUUUGACUGCAUGCAUCCGAAAUUGCCUUGGGAAGAGUGCACGAAUGGAACGAAUUAUUGUGUGGAAUUUGAGAAAUACACCCUUGGAGCCACAGACGCGAGAAAGUACCUUCCGAAUGAUUUUUACUUUCUAGAUAGCGUGGCGCAGGCGUUCGAGCCCCGAAGCGCCCUCUCCCCGAACUUAUCUCUGGCUCUCAUCCAGCUGUUUCUGUGGCUCGCCCUCGUGAUUCUGGUGUCGCGGCGGGAGGUGUGGCAGAGCGGAAUUUUCAGCAAAGUCAUGGCUCUCCUCACUCUGGCCAUGCUGGUGGCCUUGGUGACGGUGGGUCUCACCUCGAGGGAGAGCGGGGCCGGACUCUACGCCGUCUUUAAACUGCAUCCGAGCAAUUUGGCGAAACCGGAUAUUUGGUUGGAUGCCUUGGGGCAGGCAGUGUGGACACUCGGCCCUACUCUUGGCAUCCUCAUCUCCAGAGCCAGCUACAAACGCUUCCGGGAGAGGAUCCGCCUGGACGCUUACACAGCCGUGGGAGUCAACAUCUUCGUGGCUCUGCUGUUGCACUUGGCCCUGUUCCCUUUCCUUACCUCUCGGGUGCCAACCGACUCGGCUCUGGUGUCUGACAAAAGCCCUGGUUACUUCUUCAUCAUUUCGUCAUACGCCGUCGCACAAAUGCAGGAGCAGCAACUGGCCGGCGUAGUCUUGUACCUGUGCGUGUGCAAGGCUCUCCUCGACCACACGAACGCGCUGGCCGCCACCGUGUUGGUCAGCAUCAACGACCUCCUGCCCAUCAAGUGGCGCAGCGGCGGACGGCGCUUCACGUGCGAGUGUCUCGUGUGUCUCGGCGGGCUGCUGGCGAGUCUGUUCUUCGUGUCACGGGGUGGUUUCUACUUACUGAAUGCAAUGGACGCGUACAUACCUUGGAUGUACAGCUUGGUGCUAGGAUUACUAGAAGUGUCCGGCCUCGUCUACCUUUACGGCACGAAGAACAUCACCAAACACUUCCAUGUGAUGAUCCGAAAGAAGACUGUGGUGUUCCCUGUCAUUUGGAAGUUCAUCCUGUCGCCGGUUCUCCUGGCGUUGCUAAUCUGGGUGUGCGUCGUGGGCGUCAAGGGACCCCAGUGGUGGGAUCAUCCACACCUAACGGAAGCGGACGAGAAGGUUUACUCCGGCAUAGGUCUCGCCCUCGCACUGUUCCCAGUCUGCCUCUGUCCCGUCGCUACAUUGGUUGUUCUUUACAGCAACAGGAAGUCACCCCGAGAGCUUCUUGAGCCUCGGCCUACAUGGGGACCUGCCCUCGCCAAACACAGAGCUUUCUACACGCCGGGUAUUCUCAAGAUACAUACCCGAAAGCCUUUCUUGGUGGUAAAGGUGGAUUAUGAAAACAUAGAAGACCUUCCACCGAAGGGAUGGAUUCCUUAUGGAUACUUCAAGGUCCCUUCGAUGUCAAUGCCGCAGUAUCUGUUUGACAACUUGAGUUCGGUUGGCACGACGACGAAGAAAGAGCUUGCCAGAUACCUGAAGGCAGUGUUCAGCAACAUCCAUGAGUCCGAUGAUUGGGUAAAUGAUGACCUUGGCGAAGAGAACCCAAUUGCAACUAUUGCUAGAGAAAAUGGUAGCGAUAUUGAUUUAUUCUCCGGAGAUAUCAUUAAUGUGGAUGAUCCCAGACCCAGAUCAUCAGCAAGUAUGUCUUCUGGUGUUUUAUUGCAGCCUACAACCCUUUAUAGAAGUGAUGAUAAAUUGCAUUAUCAAUUACCUGUCCAUAAUGGUCCAUUCAAUCCAGUCUUUAUAAGAACUGGUGUAGAUGUUGAAAAUAAAUGAAAUGGAAAAGUAA